AUGGCUGAACCAUCCACCGACGGGGGCGAGACGAAGCACGAGGUGGACCCCUCCGACAACGUCAACGGCGCCCAACAAGCUCCCGAAAAUACUCCCAAAGUAGCCGCCGUGUGCAAGAAACAUCCGGACCCCAAACACGACGGGCAGAAGAGGAAAAAGAAGAAGAAGAACAAGAAGAAGCACAAUGCCGCCGAUAGUUCCUCCACCGAGUCCAGCUCCUCCUCUUCCUCUUCCUCAUCACCUUCAGAGGCCACUUCAGCCUCCGAGUCGGAAGAUGGAGACUCCGACUCGGUCGCCAGUGAAUCGGACACGGGCCAUCGUAAGCGUCAGCGUCUCCGCGCCAAGGCACGAGCCAAGCGGGCCCAACGCGAUAAGAAGAAAAAGAAGAAGACAAAGACAAAGUCCAAGUCCCGUAAGCAGGCUCAGUCGGAUUCCGAUACCGAGUCUAGCAGCGAGUCCGAUUCGGAAUCCAACGAUUCGGCCGACGAUGCAGAGUCGACGAUGGACGAGAAGGCGCUGCGAAAGCUGGUCGCUCGCUUGAAGUUGCAGAAACGAGCCAAGCGUCUACGUGAUCAAACCAAUGAUGGUCUAGGUGGUCUUGACCCGCUGGGUGAGAAUCGACGAGACAAGCGAUCGCGGAAGAAGAAGCCUGCUUCGAAGGUAGCUUUCAAACGAGUUGAUCAACUCUGGGAUAGCACCAUUCAUAAUUACAAGCUCACCGAAACCGUCGAUGACCCUGAUGCCGACGGAUGGGACCAGUACAUCUUCACCGUGCGCCGCAAGUUCAACUGGGAAAACAAGUACCUGGAGACGGUGGUCGACAUCAAGAGCAAGCACCUUCGUGAUGCUCUCGGCAAGGUCAUGGACGGGGUCAAGGGCGUCAGUCUAGUACAGGAGCCCGCCGUCGUCGACCCCAACAUGCUGUUCUUAUACCUCGAGGAGACUCGGCAGUAUAUGAAAGACCUCAAGCGAGAGGCUCGGAGUGAGAAGAAGAAGAAGGCGCGGAAAACUGCUGCGGCCAAGGCCGCUCAUCUGAAAGUCCUGGUUAAGUACCUGGACACGGACUACUCCGACAUCAAGAAGACUCUCUAUCCACUACUCGAGGCCAACACCAUCACCUUUGAUCUGCUGUGGGCAUUAUUCAAGCCCAACACCAUCGCAUACACCCCCACAUAUGGAAACUCGGAUGAGCCCCGGGCCUUCAAGAUCGAAUACGCAAUCAAGGAGUCCUCCUUCAUGCGAGGCCAAUGGUACAGCGUGGAAGGCCGGUACCUCGAGUAUGAUGGAAAGGACUUUGGAUUCGGUACCAUGUCAGCCGAGGUGGAAGCCUUCAAAGGAGCCCGCAAGAUCACCAGUCUAGCCUGCUAUCCCCUGCAAUACCACCGCGAUUCCGAAGCUCUACGAGCGCGACUGGUCGAACGGGGCAAGCGAUUCGUGUCGCUUCGUGGCAUGAACUACCGCUUCCACAAGGGUAUGGCCUUUUACAAGAAGAAGCGUUCCUUCGUGAUCAAGGUCAACAUCAAUGGACGAGUCAUGAUCGAUCCCGCGAUUCACCGACGCAUCAACCCCAAUUACCCGAUCAGCACGGUCCGGCCCAAAGACCCCGAUCUGCUCGACGCAUCAGAGGCCGGCUUCAGCGAUGCCGAAGAAGACGGUAGCGACGGAUGCUGCUGUGGAGGAUCCGAGUCGGACUCUGAUCGAGGCUGCUCAUCGGAUACCCCACGAACCGUCUACAAGGUGAUCGAAGACGAGGACGGAACACCCCGAGUUGUCGAAGUCGAAGUCGACGAGAACGGCAACGAGAUCCACAAGGAGAAGAUGGACCGAAUCGAGGGAGACGCAGCUGGCAACAAGGAGCGUGAAUUCACCGAAGAAGAACUCCUCAUCGCCAGUCCCGUCGUGCUCGGCUUCGCAUUCAGCGAGAAGCUUUGGCUAGAAUUCACCAUCUCGGGAAUCAGCGAUAUCGAAUGGGACGCCGACGCCUUUGACUCGCUCGUGCUGGCCAGUAAUCAAAAGUCCAUUGUCAAAGCGCUCGUCGAGUCGCACACCUUCCACGCGGCAGAGAACAUCGACGACGUAAUCCAAGGCAAGGGCAAGGGCCUCGUCGCCGUGCUCCACGGUCCGCCAGGAACAGGCAAGACGCUCACAGCCGAAGGAAUCGCCGAACUCCUCCGCCGACCACUGUACAUGGUCAGCGCGGGCGAACUAGGCACGGACUCGCGCACGCUGGAAGCAGAACUCAACAAAAUCCUGGACAUCGCACACUCCUGGGGCGCAGUCCUCCUUCUCGACGAAGCAGACAUAUUCCUGGAGAAGCGCACGAUCCACGACAUCCACCGCAACGCGCUAGUCAGCAUUUUCCUGCGUCUGCUAGAGUAUUUCCAGGGAAUCCUAUUCCUAACGACGAACCGGGUUGAAACCUUUGACGAUGCAUUCCAAUCACGUAUCCACGUUGCACUGCGGUACGGCGAUCUCAACGCAAAAGCGAAACGGAGUAUCUGGAAGAUGUUCCUGGAACGAGUGCGCGCUAUCGAGGGUGUCAAGACUGCUGCUUUCUCGGAGAGCGAUUACGAUUUACUUUCGAGGCAUACGUUGAACGGUCGUCAGGUAGGCCGCCCCCUCCCCCAACACACAUCGUCACCCCAUGAUAUCAUUCUAGAGCAUGGUUAUGCUAACACAUAUUGUCAUUCAGAUCAAAAACUCCGUCCGUACAGCGCAAGCCCUCGCCGUCAACGAACGUUCCCCCUCUCAAUGGACCAUAUCAAGCGCGUCCUCGAAGUGGCCGAAACAUUCGACCAAGAUCUCCGUGGUGGAACGGGUUAUCUAGACGCGAUGCGUAGUUACACCUAG